GCCCCGCCCGCCUCCGCAGCUUUCCCGAGAGGGGAGUCGACGCUGCGCGAGAGCCCCGAGCCCGAGCUCACGGCAGGUGGAGGCGGCCCAGCCCGGGCGAGCGCGUCGGGGCCUGCCGCGAGCGGGCGAGGAGGGGAGGCGGCAGCUGAGGAAGCCGACGCUGGCCGGGCUGGGGAAGGGGGCUGGGUUGGCCCCGCCCUCCAGUAGCAGCAGCAGUCCGCCGCCCCGCGGGUCCCCGCGCGGAUUCCCGGAGCCAGGCCCCGCCCGCGCUACCAUGGCCGCGGCGGCCGAGUCGAGCGCGUUGCCGCCGCUGCGGGACGAGGCGGAGGACGAGGCGGGCGGCGGCGACCUGGAGGUGAACCCUUUCGACGGGCUGCCCUUCUCCUCGCGCUACUAUGAGCUGCUGGGCCGGCGCCGCCGCCUCCCCAUCUGGGCCGCCCGCUUCUCCUUCCUGGAGCAGCUGGAGAGCAGCGCCGGCCUCGUCCUGGUCUCGGGCGAGCCGGGCACCGGGAAGAGCACGCAGGUGCCCCAGUGGUGCACAGAGCAAGCCCUCUCGGUGCAGUUUGCCCACGGCCGAGUGGUCUGCACCCAGCCUCAUAGUUUGGCAGCCCUCAGCCUGGCAUUGCGUGUGGCAGAUGAGAUGGACCUCAAUGUAGGCCACGAGGUGGGCUACUGUGUGCCCUAUGAGGACUGCUGCGUUCCAGAGACCCUGCUCAGGUUUUGCUUGGACGAAGUCCUGUUGCAAGAGAUGACCUCGGACCCCCUUCUGCGGCAGUAUGGGGUGGUGGUGCUGGACGAGGCUCAGGAGCGCACCGUGGCCACGGAGCUGCUGCUGGGGCUGCUGAAGGACGUGCAGCACCAACGCCCAGAGCUGCGCCUGGUGGUGGUCACUGAGCCUCUCCAGGAGGAGCAGCUGCGCCAUGUCUGCCAGGAUGCCCCCAUGGUGCGGGUCCCGGGGCUUGGCCCGGCCCCAUGCUUGACCUACAGAGAACCCCUCCCAGGGGGCCACAUACCUGCUGCCUGCCAAGCAGCGUUGGAGCUUCAUCGGCAAGAGGAGGCUGGCGACGUAAUGAUCUUCAUGGCCAGUGAGCAGGAGAUCAAAGAGUGCUGCGAGGCCCUCCGAGCAGAGGCUGCGAUUUUAGAGGCCAGCCUGGGACCCCUGCUGGUGCUGCCUCUGCAUGCGGCUGUGGGGAGGGACAGCCAGAAGUUGUAUGAGGGCAGCCUGGGUGACCGGGCACGCCGAGUCAUUGUCACCCACUGGCUAGCAGACGCAGCCUUCUCUGUGGGCAGCGUCAGGCAUAUCAUCGACACGGGGAUGGAGCUGCGCAACGUCUACAACCCCCAGAUCCGGGCUGCAUCACAGGAGUUGCGCCCCAUCAGCCAGAGGCAGGCAGAGGCCCGGCGGCUCAGGGCUGCUGGUGCCCCUCCAGGGACUUGCUUGCGCCUCUAUUCAGAGGUCUGCUACGAGCAGAGGCUGCCGGCCUUCUCCCCCACUCACCUCAUGGAGACUGACCUUCGCCGCCCCAUCCUGCUGCUCAAGAGGCUGGACAUUGCAGAUGUGGGCCAGUGUGACUUUCUCGACAGGCCAGCCCCUGAGUCUCUGAUGCAGGCCCUGGAGGACCGGGAUUACCUGGCCGCCCUGGAUGACGACGGGAACCUCUCCGAGGUGGGCAUCAUUAUGUCGGAGUUCCCCUUGGAUCCCCAGCUGGCCAAGGCCCUCCUAGCCUCCUGCGAGUUUGACUGCGUGGAGGAGAUGCUGACUUUGGCCGCCAUGCUGACGGCGUGGCCUUGUUUCCAGACUCCGGUGGCACGCUGGGAGGACGCAGUGGUAGCACGGCAGCAGGCCCUGCUCCACCCAGCCGGGGACCACUUCACCCUCAUCAACGUCUUCAAUGCGUUCCACCAGCAGAGCGACCCAGAAAGCUGGUGCCGGAAACACGCGGUCAGUGAGGCAGCCCUGCAGCUGGCUGGAGCGGUGCGGACAGAGCUCUUGGACGUGAUGCAGCGGAUUGAGCUGCCGGUCUCCCCGCCAGCCUUUGGCACCGACAGCAACGUCCUGCAGCUGAAGCGAGCCCUCCUCACUGGCUUCUUCCUCAAGGUCGCCCGGGAUAUCGAUGGCUCAGGCAACUACCUGCUGCUGACCCACAAGCACUUGGCCCAGCUGCCCCCCAGCUGCUGCUACCGACUGCGCCGCCCAUCCCCACGGCCCCCCUCCUGGGUGCUCUACCACGAAUUCACCAUCUCCCAGGACAACUGCCUGAGGAUUGUCUCCGAGAUCCCGCCAGAAUUUGUGGCUGAACUGGCUCCCCAGUACUUCCUGAGCAAUCUGCCCCCCAGCGAGAGCCGAGACUUGCUGAUGGAACUUCGGGGGACGCUGGCAGGGGAUGGCCCCCUUCUGGGUGAAGAGGAGAACCCCCAGCCCCCCAAAACGGCUGAGGACGCGGGAGAUGCCUGUGUGCUGCAGUGACCCUGGCAGGAGGAGGGAAGACGGCCGAGUCCGUGGUCACUGCAGGAGCCUGAAGGCUUUGGACCCGGGGCACGACCGAGGUCGUCGGAGGGCCUGUCAGGCUUCUGGGAAGAGAGGGCCGAGUAGGGGAGCCCCAGACCGUCCGCUUUCAGGACUGCAUCAUAGCUGGGGAGGAAAAGGGGUCCUGGCCGGCUGAGGAUCUGCUGCCUGACCAUGGAAGAGGGUCUCUUCUGGGGUUGGAUGGCCUUUUGGGGCCCCUCGCCCCACUCCUCAGAGGGAGGCAUAAGGCAGGUGGGCUGUUUUUGUUCACCUUGGCAUCUGCCCUUCAGUUAGCGGCCUUGGCAAGCAGUGGGGUGCCCCAGCAGGUGUCUGUUUUCUCCUAGUAGGGGGGAGUUGUGGUACGUCCUGGAAACCCCCCAGAACCCAAUAAUUGCUCAGUAGAAGAAACCGCCAGAUUCCCCCCCCCCAGUUUUCCAAAGGGAUCCUUUCCCUUUUUCUCAGAAGCAGUUUGUGGAGGGGGGGGCUUACAUUUCCCCCUCCCUUUCUUUCAGCUUCAGCUGGGAGUCCCUGCUGAGUAUCCGGAAUGUUUUUGUGCAUUGGGGGAGAGCCUGGGGUGUGGCUCUUGCCUUUUCUGUAUGUGCCUCAGAAGCGUUCCACGCACUCCCCCACUCGGGAACGGCGGGUGUGUGGAGACCGGAGGGCAAACCCCAGCAGGCUCCGUGGGGCCUGGCCUCUGUCUUUCUGCUGCUCUGGACAAUCCUCCUUGUAGGAAUUAAAUUCUUUUACACAUCCAAA